AUGGCCCUUGAAUUGCUUCAGAACUUUCCUGUGCCGACCAUCGAUCGGCCCUUUGGCAUCCACCUAUGGCCCAUCUUCGACAAGGCCUUCGAGGUCGUCAUGGGUUAUCCUGCCAGCGACUUCCGUUUCGUCGAGGGGAAGACCCCUAUGUCCACCUUCAAGGAGACUGCGAUCGCGCUCGUCGCCUACUAUGUCAUUAUCUUCGGCGGCCGCGAGAUCAUGAAGAAGCGUCCCGCAUUCCAGCUCAACACGCUCUUCAUGAUCCACAACCUCGUCUUGACGCUGAUUAGCGGGGCCUUGCUUGCGCUCUUCAUCGAGCAGCUCCUGCCGACGCUCUGGCGCCGCGGUAUUUUCUUCGCUAUCUGUGAUCAUGAGGGUGGUUGGACUGAGCCUCUGGUCGUGCUGUACUACCUCAACUACCUCAACAAGUACCUCGAGUUCGUCGACACCGUCUUCCUUUUCCUGAAGAAGAAGCCCCUCACCUUCCUCCACACGUACCACCAUGGUGCCACGGCUCUUCUGUGCUACACUCAACUCAUUGGGUUGACCGCCGUCCAGUGGGUGGUUAUCUGCAUGAACCUGCUCGUUCACGUUGUCAUGUACUGGUACUACUUCCAGAGUGCUCGUGGAAUUCGUAUCUGGUGGAAGAAGUACAUCACCAUGCUCCAGAUUCUGCAAUUCGUCUUUGACCUGGGCUUCAUCUAUUUUGCGUCCUAUACCUACUUCUCCUCCACCUACUUCCCCUGGGCUCCCAACGCUGGCAAGUGCGCGGGCGAGGAGUUUGCUGCUUUCGCUGGCAUCGGCGUCAUCACCUCGUACCUCUUCCUCUUCAUCUCCUUCUAUAUUGCCACCUACAAGAAGGCCGCCAAGACUGGCCGCCCUCGCCGCAACACUGGAAAGCAGUCUCUGAUCGACAUGAAGAACUUCGAGGUGCCGUCUCCCGCCAAGAAUGCUGCCGAUGGUACCCCUCUGUCGAACGGUGCCAUCGCCUCUGGCCGCUCCAAUGGCCCUGUUACACGGUCGAGAAAGGCCUAA